AUGAAAACAGACUCAGCAGUACAAACACCAUCUUCUCACCACUACAACACAUACAACCCAACUCUUCUCUCUCACUUACACUUCUCAAAAAUGCAUCUGUCUACGAUCUCCUCUCUCUUGCUCUUGGCCGGCGCCACUGCCGCCGCUCCCUCCAGGCGAGACACCAAGCCUGACGCCGACCUCCCUCCCGUCGUCAAGGUCAACACUCGCGCUGACAACGUCGACCUCAUCGCCAAGCUCAUGACUGCCCCAACACAAGCCGACCGCAUCAAGCUUCUCAACCAGCCUGGCGACUUCGUAUUCGACUUCAACCCCAACAGCACCGUAGCUGGCUCCGAGUCCAAAGGCAAAGGCGGCGUUUCCGUCGCCGCCACAUCCAAGACCUUCCCUGCCCUCGUUGGCAACGGCGCCUCCAUGACAGUCGGUUUCCUCGGCCCCUGUGGCAUGAACACUCCCCAUGUUCACAACCGUGCCACAGAGCUCAACUUCGUCGCCGAGGGCCGCCUCGUCACCAACUUUGUUGAAGAGAAUGGCGCUGCGCCCGUCGCCAACACAUUGUCAAAGUUCCAGAUGGCUGUGUUCCCUCAGGGCGCCAUCCACAUCGAGUUCAACCCCGACUGCACGGAUACCGUGUUUGUUGCUGGCUUCAACAAUGCCGAUCCUGGCGUUCAGACUAUUGCCCAGAGCUUCUUCAACCUGCGGCCUGAUAUUGUCAGCGCUACGCUCGGCGGCGUGCAGUCUUUGAAUGGUGCUGAUAUCGAGAGCUUCCGGCCCAUGAUUCCUGCGAAUAUUGCCCUGGGCAUUGAUUCGUGUUUGAAGAAGUGUGGUAUUAAGCGCAAUGCUAAGCGUGAUAUUAAUGAGCUUUUUGCAUAA